UGGUUCAAGAGCAUUAUUUACGGGAUGAUAUUUGGUGCUCGGUGGAAUGCUGUUCGCUUUGUUCUCAAACAGAAUCAGUUUUAAGUACGUCUGCUCUGCUCACAAAACAUAUCCCAAGACCGCAUUAUAUUAUACCAGAUACCAAUGUUUUUAUGAACCAGAUAGAUGUCAUUGAACAUCCAGCAUUGCAUGAUGUUAUCGUCCUGCAAACUGUUUACGAGGAAUUACGCCAUUUGAGUUUACCAAUUUAUAACAGACUACGCGCAUUAAUAAGUGAUCAGAAAAAACGGUUUUAUGUAUUUUCAAAUGAACAUCAUCGCGAUACCUAUAUUCAACGGUUGAAAGAUGAAUCACCAAAUGAUAGGAAUGAUAGAGCGAUAAGGUCUGCUGUCAAAUGGUAUUCUACACAUCUCAAGAAAAUGACAAAUAAAGGCAGUCAUAAUGAAGUCGUGCUCUUGACAGAUGAUGUAGGAAAUCGAACAAAAGCUCAAGAAGAAGGAUUAUUGGCAUUUUCAG